AUCGCGCCCUCCUUUUCUGCGCCAACAGCGGUGUGUCAAACCCAGCGAGGCCGGGCUGCCUGCCGCCGGAGAGACCCGGAGACCCGAACGGUAUCGCAGCGGGGUUUAGGGGGCUUCCUCCCCCGGAUAAAAUUACCCCCCCCUCUGAAAGGUGUUCUAGUCGGCUCACUGCUCUCCUGAUGUCGGACUUUAAGCUCGGGAUUGUUCGGCUCGGCCGUGUGGCCGGGAAGACAAAGUACACGCUGAUCGAUGAGCAGGACAUCCCACUGGUGGAGAACUAUGCCUUUGAGGCACGCAUGGAAGUCGAUGCUGACGGCAACGGUGCCAAGAUCUUUGCCUACGCUUUUGAUAUUGGCAAAGGCCGCUGGGCGGGGAGACCGCUGCAUGAGCUGCUCUGGGAGAAACACAGAGGAGGGAUUGCUCCAAGUUUUCAAGUGAUCCACAUCAACGCUGUGACGGUUGACAACCGGCUAGACAACCUACGACUGGUGCCUCUCGGUUGGAGCCCCAAGCCGGAGGAGAUUUCAAGCAAACAAAGGGAGCAGUCACUGUACUGGCUGGCCAUCCAGCAGGUUCCGGCCGACCCGGUGGAGGAGCAGUACCUGGAGCUGAGCCGCACACGCUACUACAACGCCAACGGCGAGCUAGUGGAGGAGGAGGAGUGCUCGUGCACGUACUACGAGUGUCACUACCCGCCGUGUUCGCUCAUCGAGAGGCGGCUUCGCGAGUUCAAUAUCUGCGGACGCUGCCAAGUGGCCCGCUACUGCGGCUCCCAGUGCCAGCAGAGGGACUGGCCCGCCCACAAGAAGCAGUGUCGAGAGCGCAAGCGGGCGCUGGCGUUGGAGUCGGAGCCCGAGCGGUGAUCUUAUCGUUGCCUCGGAAGGGAAGGGACGGUGGCGGGGUGGGACCCGGUGGGUGGAAAUGGGGUCUUGAUAAGCGGGUUGUGCGUAAGAGACAACCACAAGCGACAUUGCGCUUGCCUGACGAAUGGGAUGCAGAAUGAAACGGAGGGUGCACUAAGAUGGACACCUGCCACUUCCCAGAACAGUCAAUUCUUCAUGGCUUGCUUCUCACGUGGACGACAGGAACGUUUAGUUUUUUUUCUCGGGGAGGCAUUCUCGAGCUCAACCUGCUGCUGCUAAUCGUUCCGAGAGGUAUCGACUUGUCUUGCCGACCAACCGGAAUAUAGCUUCUUUUGGACCGCACGGACAUCCUCACCCGGUUCCGUUGAGGAGGCUUCCUCUGCUAAACGGGUCGAACCCCUCGGGGGCGCUGCAACGGGACCAUGUCACUGUAUUUCCAGUGGGGCACGCGGCCGCCCUCCUCACACAACCUUUUUUGUCUGCUGUUGCCGCCACCACCCCAUCAGAAUGGAUGACACUAACAGUAUUGUGCGUGCGUGCGCGUGUGUGUGUGCGCUCAUGAGUGAACACGUCUUCUUAAAGGGGCCAUAUUGCCGUUAAAAUGUUGUUUAAUUUGUCACUGUUUCAUUGUAAAGUAGCUGCUAAAUUGUGGCAUUUUCUUUGAUAUCUUUAUUAUGAUGGUACAAAGUUUCCAAAAACAAAAACUACCUACUAAAUUCUCCACUCGCUGGCAAUAUUUGGUACUCCUUUUGUUUUCUACUUCACGACACAACUUAACAUUCAUCACAGGUGUAAGCAAUUUAAGAAAUCCCUUCAUUUUCAAUAACUUGUGUGUGCACAUGUGGAGUUCCUUGUGAGCGUGUGUGUGUGUGUGUGUGUGUGUGUGUGUGUGUGUGUGUGUGUGUGUGUGUGUGUGUGUGUGUGUGUGUGUGUGUGUGUGUGUGUGUGUGUGUGUGUGUGUGUGUGUGUGUGUGUGUGUGUGUGUGUGUGUGUGUGUGUGUGUGUGUGUGUGUGUGUGUGUGUGUGUGUGUGUGUGUGUGUGUGUGUGUGUGUGUGUGUGUGUGUGUGGAGCACGGGGGUAUUUUUCUGAAGAAAUUCUAUCAGUGGAGCUAUAUUUAUUUAAAACAUUGAUUGUGAAAGCCUAUUUAGCCCAGAUGAUAUUUGAAGGCAAACUGAAGUGGACAAUAUGGGACCUUUUUCAGCAUUUUUUAUGACUUAUUUGGGGUAAAGGGUUUACUACUUGAUUAUGUGUUAUUUAGUCACGACCUUCAAAGUUUGUUUUUUUUGCACGCUGUCACGGAAAUCUUCCAUGCGUCUCGAACUUUAAAACUUGAAUCCUCCCACCCCUACCCCGGACUCUUUUUUUGUUGUAUUUUAUUUCAGAGACUAUUUUUAAUUAUGAACUGUUGUCAAAUUUGCCUUCCACCUUCUGCUCACAAUGCUUAAAUGUGUCCUCGCUGAGGAGUCCAGACACUUUUGGAGCAUGUUAUGUCCCCACAUUUACAUGCGACUCGUUGAUUGUGUAAUGUAUGUUUGCGUGCGUGUGAGAGGACAGGUUUUCACCACUGCACUAAAAAGUUAGCUCCCAUGUUAGCACAUUUGUCGUUGAUGGGGUGUGAGUUGGACAUUGUCUGAUUUAUUUUAUUUUAUUUUGGUUGGUUUUGUAAGAGUAGGAACAUAAAUCACUUAGAAAUAAAGAGCUACAAUAUGUGAAUAGAGUUGAGGAGGGGAUAACACAAUUGCUUUUCCAAUGUAAAAUGAUUAUAAAUAAAAAUGAACCACA